AUGGUCAAAUCAAAGGAGUUUCUCAAGAAGCCAAAACUUCCAAAGCAGACGAAAAAAUCAAAGAUUCUGAUUACUGCAGAUGACUUCCAGGAGGCCGCCGACGCCGAAGAAGAGACUGGUGGUAAAUGGAGAGCUGGCGACCCAGCCAAAUCAAGUCGCGCCUUUGUCAGAGCGAUUGAAAUCUACAACAAUGGCUUGCAAAGACAUCCAAAAGAUGCCGAUUUGGCAUACAACAAAGCUCGUCUCGAGUUUGAAUUGUCACAGCAGCCAACUCUAGUGGCUAAACUGGCAGUACCAUUACUGGACUUCCUACAACAAGCUCUGGAAUCUCAUCGCUAUGCUCUUCGACUUAACGAAGAGUCGGCCGAUAUUCUGUUCAACACGGCUCAAGUCAUGAUCAGUAUCGCCGAAUAUGUAACAGAAGCCGGCAUCUUUAGUGCGCAAGCCGACUCGGUAGCCCUUCUCCGAGAAGCACUUGAACUGCUAUCAGCAUGCUUCAGUCGACAGGAGAUGCUCGUAGAAGAGCAGAAUGCAAACUCCAUGGAAGCAGAAGGCGGUGUUUCUGUCGAGCAACAGGCUCCACCGGCAGAACCUGAAGCAUCAUCCUCUCGAGCAGCAGAGGAUGCAGGAUCUGAGAGUGACGAGGAAGGAGAAUACGUUUCCGUUCAAGCAUACAUUACUCCUUCCGACCUUCUGGACACGGCACGUUCGAGUCUAACUGCCUUGACCCUCCUGAUCACCCUCGAUGAUCCCUCCAACGUAUCUCCUCUCGCCAAAAUGGGUAUCACUCUAGUCGAAGAGAAGAUACCUCAGUAUCUUUCACAAAUCGAAGCCGAAGAGCGCACUCAAGAAGAACCAGACAUCGGCCUCGAACGCGCCCAAUUCCACGCCUCCCUCACAGUAGCCGAUCUAAAACUCGGCACCGCAGCCCCAAGCGAAAGUCUCGCCCGUCUUCAACAAGCUUUUGAACCUCUCGCCAUCACCACAAACGUGGCAGUCAUGUGCACCUACGCAGACAGUCUUGUAGAACUGACCACCACGGCGCAAAACUUCAGUCCGUCGAGUGCAGCGACAACUUGCUGGUCAACUCUGUCGAAGGCUCAAGAUCUCUACGCUGCUGCGGUUAAGAUCAAUGACGCAGAGGCUAAGGCACGUAAAGCGAGAGUCUAUGAGUCUAGAGGUGAUGUCGAGUUGUUACGCUUCAAUCUCGCUACUACACCUGCUGCUGGGCUUUCGACUGCUAUUCAGAAGAGCGCACCCACGUUGAUCAAGAAUGCACAGACGUAUUAUCGUGGUGCGAUGAAUUUGUUCAAGGCUGAGGGAGAUGCAGAGGCAGCUGCAAAGGUGGAAGUGAGAGGUUUGAUAGCUGCUAUGCUCGAUGGUAAGCUCAAUGGCGAUGUAUCUCAGCAAGUUGUCGCUGCGUUGGGCCAGAAGGGAGAAGCUGGUAGAGCGGUGGCCAUGGAUAUGUUGAGGGAGAGUUUGUUGCCUGAGGAUUGGGAUCAGGGGGUCAUGUGA